UCUUGUAUUUCUACUUGCUGUGUACGGAAUUCAGGGGAUUUUAUCAUCUUACAAGGCUCAGGAAUGGGUAAUAAAGCUUCCAGAGACGGUAAAACAACUGCCAGAGACGGUGAAACAACUGCCAGAGGCGGUGAAACAACUUCCAAGGGUGGUGAAGCAACUUCCAGAGGCGGUGAAACAACUUCCAGAGGCGGUGAAACAACUUCCAAGGGCGGUGAAGCAACUUCCAGAGGCGGUGAAGCAACUUCCAGAGGCGGUGAAACAACUUCCAAAGGCGGUGAAGCAACUUCCAAGGGCGGUGAAGCAACUUCCAGAGGCGGUGAAACAACUUCCAGAGGCGGUGAAACAACUUCCAGAGGCGGUGAAGCAACUUCCAAGGGCGGUGAAGCAACUUCCAGAGGCGGUGAAACAACUUCCAGAGGCGGUGAAACAACUUCCAAGGGCGGUGAAGCAACUUCCAGAGUCGGUGAAGCAACUUCCAGAGGUGGUAAAACAACUUCCAGAGGUGGUAAAACAACUUCCAGAGGCGGUAAAACAACUUCCAGAGGCGGUAAAACAACUUCCAGAGGCGGUAAAACAACUUCCAGAGGCGGUGAUAGAACUUUCAGAGACAGUGAAACAACUUCCAGCGAUGAUGAUGAGACCCGGCAGUUCUACCAGCAGCUCCGUCAGUAUGAAGAUCACUUCCUGAGGAUGACGUAUGAAUAUUUCCAGGAUGAUCUUCUCCACAUUGUGGAGAACAUGAGUCCUUCAUCUCUUCUGCGUGAGCUACAUUCCCGAAAUCUCCCUGAUACUGAGAAAUACUGCAGUCUAGAAGAUGAUAGAAGAAGAUUGGCGCAGACUUUACUACAGGAUAUAUUUCUCAGAGGAAGAGAAGCUGUGAUAGGACUGUGGGUCAGUCUCUAUGUAUUACGGAAGGAUCAUCGUUCCCCCGUCCUGCACGCUGUACUGGAGGAACUCCGUCAUAGAGGUGACAUUCUGGUGGAGAAAAUCCUGCUGGAUGAACAUGGACACCAACUGUCCCCACAAGUCAAAGAAUUCCAGAUCCGUCACAAGAAACAUUUACAUGAAAGAACUGAGAAACUUCUAGAGAACAAACCUCCAAGAUGUGACCAGCGAGAGGAGAGUUUUCCAUUCUGUACACGUUAUGUCAACCUCAUCAUUGUCUCCACUGAUCACUUCAGAGAACGCUCUGAGAAUGAGCUCAUAGAGACCGGGGUAAAACAUGAGGAAUACUUAAAGAAAAAACACAAUGAAUUACUACGCAUUUCCCCCAACAAACUGUUCCGCUGGUGCCACCGAUCCGAACAAGUGCCACGUAUGGUAAUGGUGAGUGCAGUGCCUGGUGCAGGGAAGACCACACUGAUGCAGAAGGUUGUCUAUGACUGGGUGAAGGGGGAUCUCUAUCAAAGAUUCUCCUUUGUCUUUUUCUUCAAAUUCCGAGAACUCAACAGACUGGAUAAAGUUAGUCUGGAGACCAUGAUCCUUCAUCAGUACCCAUAUCUGGAGGAGCAGCUUAGUAACAUCUUACAGGAUCCAGAAAAACUUCUCUUUAUAUUUGAUGGUUUAGAUGAAAGUCUUCAUAACAUGGAUUUCUCAUCACGUCACUUGUGCUCUAAUCCUAAACUGCCUGAACCUUGUGGUCAGAUUGUGGUUAGUUUGGUGAAACAGUCUCUUCUUCGUGGUUGUUCUGUCCUAUUGACCAGUCGCCCAACCAGACUGGCAUCAAUUGAUUGUAAACUUUUCCAGAGAAUGGUAGAAAUCAUUGGGUUUUUACCAGAAGAACGACGGAUGUACUUUGAAAACUUCUUCCCUGACCCUGAACUGGCAGAAAAGGCUUUUAAUUAUGUGAAGCAGAAUGACACCCUGUACACGUUUUGUUACCUCCCGUCCUACUGCUGGAUCAUCUGUACUGUAUUAUCCAGGAGCUUCCAGCCAACAAGUAGUGAUCAGCCGGUGUCAUUAUUACCCAAAACCGUCACCCAGCUCUUUGCGAUAUUUGUAGCGAACAUUCUAUUCAAUCACAGCCUGGACAAAAGUGACGUUCAGAAGAUCCUGCAGUCUAUCGGAUGGAUGGCAGAACAUGGAGUUAUGAAUCACAGGCUUAUCUUUGAUGAACGAGAUCUGGACUGUUUCCAUGUGGACAAUAAGUCAAAGCUCUUAUCAAGUUUUCUGAUGGAAUCGGAGGAACCUGUGUCCUAUUCCUUCUUACAUCUCACAGUUCAGGAAUUCCUCUCUGCCUUGGUGCAUUAUGUGGAUUAUUCUCCUGAGAAGUUACAGAAAUCACUAAAAGAUGCCAAAUCCUAUCCUGAUGGACGAGGUGAGAUGUUCCUCCGUUUCCUGUGUGGUCUAUCAGAUGUCUCCACCAGGUCAAUACUAACUGGAUACCUGGACAGACAAGCAGCUCAGACAUCUAUAGAUGUUAUCACUUGGCUUAAGGACUUCAUUCUAGAAGAACAGAGACUGAUGGAAAGUAAGGACAACAAGCGACAUCUUCUCAGUACAUUUUUCUAUCUGUAUGAAUCCCGGAAUAAGGCUCUGGUGCUGGAAUCACUACAAUCACACAGAAGUCUUGACUUUUCUCUUGUUCGUAUGUCAGCUCUAGACUGCACAGUGUUGGCAUUUAUUCUGGACACCUGCACAAAUAUAGAAGACCUCAAUCUAUAUAACUGUUUCUUAGACAAUGAAGGAUUACAAAGACUUGCUCCAGGAUUACAUAACCUGCGGGAUCUGAGAUUGGGUUAUAAUCGUCUACCAGACACUUCCUGCAUCCAGCUGGCUUCUGUAAUAAGGAAUAACCGGUCCCUGAAGAUACUUGACCUGUCUGAUAACAGUCUGUCUGGUCCUCACUUCAGUGACUUAAUGGAGGCUCUGUCCAGUCCGGCCUGCAGGAUAGAGGAAUUACAAUUGGCUGGUAAUGGUCUACCAGACACUUCCUGCAUCCAGUUAGCAUCUGGAAUAAGGAAUAACACGUCCCUGAAGAAACUCGACCUGUCUUAUAACCGUCUGUCUGGUCCUCACUUCAGUGACUUGAUGGAGGCUCUGUCAAGUCCGGCCUGCAGGAUAGGGGCAUUAAAAUUGGCUGAUAAUCGUCUACCAGACACUUCCUGCAUCCAGUUGGCAUCUGUAAUAAGGAAUAACCCGUCCCUGAAGACACUUGACCUGUCUAGUAACCGUCUGUCUGGUCCUCACUUCAGUGACUUGAUGGAGGCUCUGUCCAGUCCGGCCUGCAGGAUAGAGACAUUACUAUUGGGUGAUAAUCAUCUACCAGACACUUCCUGCGUCCAGUUGGCAUCUGGAAUAAGGAAUAACCGGUCCCUGAAGAUACUUGUCCUGUCUGGUAACCGUCUGUCUGGGCCUCACUUCAGUGACUUGAUGGAGGCUCUGUCCAGUCCGGCCUGCAGGAUAGAGGAAUUAUCUCUGGUGGGCAAUGGAUUAUCUAAAGAGGAGAAGGAAGCCAUAACAAAACUGGAAGAGCAGAAACCAAAUAUGGAGAUCAUUUACUAAACUGAGAAGAAUCCGGAUUCCUCUCAGUGAUGAGCAGAUAACAGGACUUUGGUGGAGGAGACGUCUUCAGAGGUUUAGUAUUAGGAGCGUCUUCUGGUGUAUUAUGGGUAAUAUCACUGAUCUACAGAAGAUAAGGAAAUGUCUAAUAUUAUAAUAAAGAUGAUAC